AUGGUCGUUGGCGAAAGCAGAACAGAACUUCUCAACUGGCUCAAUGCCACGCUCGAUCUCAAUUAUACCAAGGUCGAACAGUGUGGUACCGGCGCUGCCUACUGCCAAUUGAUGGACAACAUCUACGGAGGAGUUCCCUUGGGAAAAGUCAAGUUUGACCCCAAAUUGAGUGAGUACGAGGCCAGAAGCAACAUGAAGGUGCUUCAGGCGGCGUUCAACAAGCACAAAAUCCUGAAACAAAUCGAGGUCGAGCGCCUCAUCAAGUGUAGGCUUCAGGAUAAUUUGGAGCUUCUUCAGUGGUUCAAGAGACAUUGGAAUGAACACAAGGACGUCAAUGUGGCGUACGACGCUGUGGCAAGAAGACGACUGGGAGGAGCCAGAACACCGCUGGGGCCCAACUCAAGAAGAAAUACCAUCACCACAACGUCGAAUCCUUCGAGUGCAAGCUCAGCUACAAAAGCAAGCAGGGUGAGCUCUGGAAGCUACAACGUUGUUGGCACUGCUGGAGAGGGUUCGUCGCUUACCGUGCCCAAGAGGCGAGUUUCGAGUCAGGGAAGCGCCAGAGGAGGUAUUGGCGAAGAUGGACGUUUGGCAGAUCUUAGAGCCGAGUUAGAGCAAGCAAGAGCAGAAAUUAGUGAAAACAGAGUGAGUUUGGAGACGCUAGAGACAGAGAGAAACUUCUACUUCAACAAGCUUCGGGAAAUUGAAAUCUUGACCGAGAAUGUGGUGAAUGCGUUUGAGAAGGAGGACGCAGCUUCUAAAGAGAUUCAGAAGAUGCCCCUUCCGCAGUUGGUGAAACAGAUUCAGGAAAUACUUUGGCAUAAAGACACAGGUUUCGAAACUAACGCUGAUGACAUGGACGCUGAAUUCUUUUAG